AUGGACUGGGAGCCACAGGUGGAGUCCCGCGCGAAGCCUGCGCGAAGCCCGCGCGAAGCACGGAAUCAAUAUGUAGUAGGUGAAAUAGUAGAAGAUGGAAAACAAAUUGAUGUACCACCUGGAUUCAGAUUUCACCCUACUGAUGAAGAACUCAUAACUCACUACCUCAAACCAAAAGUUUCCAACACUUUCUUCUCUGCCACUGCCAUUGGUGUAGUUGAUCUCAACAAGGUCGAGCCUUGGGACAUACCAAGGAAGGCUAAGAUGGGGGAGAAAGAAUGGUAUUUCUUCUGUGUGAGAGACCGGAAAUAUCCAACCGGUUUAAGGACAAACCGGGCAACUGAAACCGGUUAUUGGAAAGCCACAGGUAAAGAUAAAGAAAUUUUCAAGGGUAAAUCACUUGUGGGUAUGAAGAAAACUCUAGUCUUCUACAAAGGAAGAGCUCCUAAAGGAGUAAAAAGCGAUUGGGUUAUGCACGAAUAUCGAUUAGACGGCAAACAUUCUAUCCAAAAUCUUUCCCAAAUAGCUAAGAACGAGUGGGUUAUUUGUCGUAUUUAUCAAAAACGUGCUGAUGGUACUAAGGUUGACUUCUCCGGUUUAAUGAUGCUUGAUUCACACAUUAACCGAAUCGAACCGAUCGAUUUACCUUCGCUGAUGGAUUGUUCUCAGCGAGACUCCUUCCCUGGUUCGUCGACUCACGUGACCUGCUUCUCCGACCAAGAAACCGAAGACAAAAGACUCAUUCAAGAGUCCAAAGACGGUUCUGGUUCUCCGGUUUGCAAUGAUCUUAUGUUUCUACAAGACAACUAUUCGCUAAAGAAGCUAUUGCUUAACGGUCAAGAAAGUCAAGUUCCCGGUAUUGAUCCCUCCGGUUUGGCCGGUACGGUAGAAUUGGAUUGCUUUUGGAAUUUCUAAGUUGUAACUUAUGUCAUCGACUUGUAGUCAUGUGUUCGUGUGUGUAAAAUGAAGAUUCUUGUUACAUUUUUUU